AUGAAGCAGGAGCCUGCAGCCCAGAACUCCCCUCGCGCCUCUCCGCCCUCCUCACAACCCCUCUCCGAGGACGACGACCCCCAAGCGUUGUGGAUUUUUGGGUACGGCUCCCUGGUGUGGAGGCCCGACUUCGCCUACAGCGACAGCCGUGUGGGCUUCGUGCGCGGCUACAGCCGCCGCUUCUGGCAGGGAGACACCUUCCAUCGCGGCAGUGACAAGAUGCCUGGUCGUGUGGUGACCCUCCUUGAAGAUCGUGAGGGCUGCACUUGGGGUGUGGCAUACCAGGUGCAAGGCGAGCAGGUGAGCGAGGCCCUGAAGUACCUAAACGUGCGGGAGGCGGUGCUCGGCGGCUACGAUACCAAGGAGGUCACCUUCUACCCUCAAGAUACCCCUGACCAACCACUCAAGGCAUUGGCCUAUGUGGCCACCCCGCAGAACCCUGGCUACCUGGGUCCUGCCCCCGAGGAGGCCAUCGCUACACAGAUCUUGGCCUGCCGAGGCUUCUCCGGGCACAACCUUGAAUACUUGCUGCGCCUGGCGGACUUCAUGCAGCUCUGUGGGCCCCAGGCUCAGGACGAGCACCUGGCCGCCAUCGUGGACGCUGUAGGCACCAUGCUGCCCUGCUUCUGUCCCACUGAGCAGGCGUUGGCACUGGUCUGA